GUCGUUUAAGAGUGAAGACUCACCGGUGGCGAUGUUCAAUCAUGUUGAGCAAUAAUAAUAAUAAUAAGAGCUGCUCAUGGCUGUUGCUAGUAGUGAGACACUACUCCAGAAUUCGUCCUCCAAGACCUGUUUCUGUUAAACCUGUUAUCAGAGUAUCCAACAACAUUGCACGCUUGGAUGCACCCAAAGAAGGACCAAAACCUAGACAGCUACUAUCAUUGCCUCCUUUCCCUGGUCACCUUUUACCUGCCAAGAACUCAAUCAAUGCUCAUCAUGUCACUGCUGUCAAUUGGAUUAAGAAUUACUUCAAGGGCACUUCGGGUUCAGUUAUUGAGUCUCAUUUCAGGGAGGGUCUUGUCCAAAUGGAGGACCUAUUUUCUGAUGAUUCUUUCACUCAGAAGGAAGAGCUGCUGAAACCUAUGCGGAAGAUUAAACCUAAUGAAGUGAUGAAACAUGGGGCAAGAGUUCAUGUCCCUGUAUCAAUUGCUGAGACUAGGAUUUCCAAAAGAUAUGAUGCAAUUCCAAGUGGAACACUAUAUCCAAAUGCUGACGAAAUUAAGUAUCUGCAAAGGCUUGUGAUUUACAAGGACUCGGCUAUUAUAGUGCUGAAUAAACCUCCAAAAUUGCCGGUUAAGGGGAAUCUGCCAGUUCAUAAUAGCAUGGAUGCAUUGGCAGCUGCAGCACUGUCCUAUGAUUAUGAUGAGGGUCCUAAACUGGUCCACCGUCUUGACAGAGAGAGCAGUGGCAUCCUUUUACUGGGGAGAACAAAUGAUAGUGUAUCUCACCUUCAAUGGUUGUUCAGUAACAUAAACAAUUCAAAAUCUUCUAGUAAGGCUUGGAAUGAUGCAUGUGAAGCUACAUAUCAGAGGUAUUGGGCAUUAGUCAUCGGAACUCCUAAUGAGAAGGAAGGCAUAAUUCAUGCUCCCCUUUCAAAGGUUCUUCUGAAUGAUGGGAAGACCGAGAGGGUAAUACUAGCUCACCAUUCAAGUAUAGAGCCUCGCCAAGAGGCCGUAACUGAGUAUCGGGUGCUUGGCCCAAAGAUAAAUGGAUGCUCAUGGGUUGAGCUGCGUCCACUUACUUACCGGAAGCAUCAGUUGCGUGUUCAUUGUGCUGAAGCACUUGGCACACCAAUAGUGGGUGACUAUAAGUAUGGCUGGUUUGUGCACAGCCGAUGGAAACAAAUGCCACGUGUCGAUAUUGAGCCAACAACUGGAAAACCAUACAAGUUGCGGAGACCAGAAGGCCUAGAUGUUCAGAAAGGAAGCGUUUUAUCCAAAGUCCCUCUGUUGCAUCUUCACUGCAGAGAACUUGUGCUCCCCAACAUUGCCAAGUUUCUGCAUGUUCUGAAAAAGAGUUCACAAGAACCGCACCCAUCACUUAGCGAGCAGCCUGAUAUUCUUCGCUUUGUGGCAACAAUGCCUUCACAUAUGAGAAUUAGUUGGAAUCUCAUGUCAUCAUAUUUAGUCUGAGAAAAUUGCAAGAUGGAUUUGGUUUACUAACUCACGGAAAAAGAAAUAGAUGUCAACUAGUAUUUAAAAGUUUAGGCAGGUAUGUUCUGGGAUUCAAGGUUUCUAAUAUUACAGUAUGAUAGGUGUAUGUGUAGUUUCAAUGUAGCAUUAAUAUAUGAUUGAAGCUGCUCUGAUUUGUCAAAAUUUUCACCUUUUUGACGUGGAUUGAAGAUAUCUGCUUUUGGGAAUUUCCUAUGUAUUCAAUGUUAUU